AUUGUAAUUACCUAAUUCAUUUGAUAAAUAAAUUAAACUUCAUUAAAAAUUUGACAACGAACGAAAAAACCAAAAAAUAAAAAAAUAAAUCAUGACUGAUGCCGGAUUUUUUCGUGGUACAAGUGCCGAUCAAGAUAAUCGUUUUACCGAUAAAGCUAAAAAAUUAUUAAAACAAUUAAAAUUCAGUGAUGUAUUGAAUCAAAAAGUUGAUAUAAAAAAAGUCAAUUUGGAAAUUAUCAAACCAUGGAUACAGAAACAGAUAACAAUUUCGCUUGGUCUUGAUGAUGAAGUAGUUUACGAAUAUGUUAUCAAUCAAUUGGAACAAGAACGUUAUCCUGAUGGUAAAACUAUGCAAAUAAAUCUGACCGGAUUUCUUGAUGGUAAACGUGCUCGUGAAUUUAUGGAUCGUUUAUGGACAUUAUUAUUGGAUGCAAUGACAACCGAUGAUGGUAUACCGCAACAAUUAGUAGCAGAAAAAAUGGCUGAAAUACACAAACGUCAAGAACAACAAUCGAUUGGUGGUGAUGAAUCGAAUGGUGUAACAAAAACCGAAACACCUAAAAAUUCGAAUGUUCAGACGAAUCAAUCAACAAAUGAUAAUCAUCAUAAUCAUAAUCAACAAUUACAACGUAAGUCUAGAAGCAAAAGUCCUAAUAAUGAUCAACGUAAUCGUAGUCGUAGCCAUAGUAAAGAUCGUGAUGUACGACGUCGUAAUGACCAUCAUCGACGUAAUAACGCUGGUAAUAAUAACGAUGAUCAGAAAAAACGAAGCAAUAGUCGAUCACCUCGACGUCGUUCUCGUUCCCGAUCAAAUUCAACUGAACGUAAAUCUCGAAAACGAUUAGAUAAUCGUUCAAAAUCUAGAUCACGAUCUCGUUCACCAUCAAUAUCUAAUCGUCGACAACGAAAUGCCGGUAAUCGAAAACGGUCUGUAUCAAGAUCACGAUCACCAUCAUUUUCAUCACCACCAUCUCGUUCAAAUCGUAAUGAUAAUUAUCGUCCCAGAUUUAUUGAUCGUCGAACAAACCGAAGACGUUUUAGAUCACCAUUACGGCGGUCAAACUCAAAUUCACCACCGCCAUUUUAUCGUCGACGUGGUGGUGGAGCACCAUAUCGUCCGCGUGACCAAUAUCAUCAUCGACAGCAAUCAUAUCGUGGAAAUCGUUCGCCACAAUCACCACGAGGGUAUCAACGUCGUCGCGAUCGUAGUUAUUCACGUUCACCGCCACCAUCACAAUUAAUUAAUUCAUCGCAUCAAAAUCGACAUGGUUCUCCUAUGAUGAAUAAUAAUAUUCGUCGUCCAUCAUCACCAUCAUCACGUAAACCAAUGCAUCGAUCUCCAUCACCAAUCAAUCAUUCUCGUUCGAUAAGUCGUUCUCCACCACAUAAUUUUAAUACACAAAGACAACAUGGCUUUCAGCCACCACCAUCAUCGGGACGGAAUUAUUAUCAUGAUUCUCAAGCAAAUAAAUCAAAUGUUCCUCUACCAUCAUCACAUCACCAACAACCAUCAACACUGCCAGGUUCUUUCCGAGAACGAGAUAUAUCAAAUGAACGAAUGAAAAAUCCAGAAUCUGAAAAACGAAGAAAGAAAAAAUCAAAACACUCAGUCAGUUCGAGUGAUGAUGAUGAUGAUGAUAAUGAUGAAAAAACCAAGAAAAAACAUCGCAAACAUAAACGGCGUAAUAAACAUCGAGAUAGUGAUGAUGAACCGGAUGAUAGUAUUGAGGAUGUAAAUCGUUCAUUAAAACGUAAAAAAGAUGAUGAUGAUGAUGAAGAAGAAGAUGAUGGUAGCGGAAAACAUAAACGCAAAAAACAUAAAAAACAUAGCUCAAAAAAGCAUCGUAAACAUUCAAAACAUCGUAAACAUCGUAGUAAGAAACGAAAAAGCAGCAGUUCGGAUGAUGAAGAUGAUGAUGACAAUGAAUCUUUUGCUGGUAGCGAUAAAAUUGAUGAUAUUUCGGAUGGUGAAUUAUUCAAAGAAUUAUUGAGCAAGAAAAAAUCCACAUCUAGUGGUAAGAAAAAGAAAUCGAAAAAAUCUAAAAAGAAAAAAUCACAUAAAUCAUCAUCGAAAAAACGUAAUAAUUCAUCAUCAUCAUCAUCAUCAUCUGAAUCGGAUUCUGAUGAUAAAAAAGAAUCAGAUGGUCAUGAAUCAUCAACAUCACCAAUUAAAAAACAUCGAAAACAUGGUGGUAAAAAUAAACGACGUAAACAUCGUCGACAAACAAAUAGUGAUGUUGAUAGUGGUCAUGAUGAUGGUGGAGGUGAUAGUGGACGAUAAUUUUUUUUUAUAAUUAUCUUUCUAUCUAUUAUCAUUUAUCCAUCUUUUCAAUUGUUGUAUCGUUAUUUCGUAUUUGUUUUAUAUACCCAAAACACACACACACACAAUCGACUCAUGGCAAUUUAACAACUAUGCUCACACAUAUAAUUAAUAAUCAUAA